CCUAUAUGCUAACAAGCCUUUCUGCAAGAUUCGUGAGGGGUCCUAGUUGGGAAAAACUAAAAUAAUAAUAAUAAUAAUAAUUCUCUGUGUCAGCUUCGAAAAUAAUUGUAUUUUUUUUAAGAACUAGUCUUCAGUGCGGACAGGAAAUGAUCCUUCCACAAACUGCUCCCGUGAAAACAAACAGCACAGCCUGAAGCAUUCCGCCAGCCCCUCACCCCUCCCGCCCUCGUCUGCUGUGCAGUGCAGUGUCCUGUCCUCCGGCAGCUCUCGCCCAACGUGCGCUCGCUGCUGUGUGUGAGUGUAUAGGAUUGGUGGUGCGCUAGCUUGCGCUGUACACAGAGCAUCGCAGCCCAUGUGCUCUGUAUGGAUGUUGAUGUUGCGCUGUGUAGCUUGAACCACCACAAGCAGGCAAGAUGUCCAGCACACCUCAUGAUCCCUUUUAUUCCUCUCCUUUUGGACCGUUUUACAGGAGACAUACGCCGUACAUGGUACAGCCAGAGUAUCGGAUAUAUGAGAUGAACAAGAGACUACAGUCGCGCACAGAGGAAAGUGACAAUCUCUGGUGGGAUGCCUUUGCCACAGAGUUUUUUGAAGACGACGCUACAUUGACACUUUCAUUCUGUUUGGAAGAUGGACCAAAAAGAUACACUAUUGGAAGGACUCUCAUCCCUCGAUAUUUCAGUACCGUCUUUGAAGGAGGCGUCACAGACCUGUAUUACAUUCUCAAACACUCCAAGGAGUCAUUCCACAACUCCUCGAUCACAGUGGACUGUGAUCAGUGCACCAUGGUCACCCAGCAUGGAAAGCCAAUGUUUACAAAGGUCUGUACUGAAGGCCGUCUGAUUCUGGAGUUCACAUUUGAUGACCUCAUGAGGAUUAAGGCAUGGCACUUUACAAUCAGACAGUACAGAGAAUUGGUCCCACGCAGUAUAUUAGCAAUGCAUGCACAGGACCCUCAAGUGCUGGAGCAGCUGUCUAAAAACAUCACUCGAAUGGGUCUGACCAACUUCACCCUCAACUACCUCAGGUUGUGUGUAAUAUUGGAACCAAUGCAGGAACUGAUGUCUAGGCACAAAACCUACAACCUAGGCCCAAGAGACUGCCUGAAAACUUGCCUUUUCCAGAAAUGGCAAAGAAUGGUGGCGCCACCAGGACACCCACAGAACUUCAAAACGGAAAUUUUCACAACAAAUCACAAAAAAGCAGAACCCUCAAGACAGACGACAACAAAGAGGAGAAAACGGAAGAACUCGGCAAGCAGCGCCUCCAACAGCAGCCUUGGAAAUAACAACAGCAACAGCAAGAAGAAGAGCCCUGUCAGCAACUUCAGCCUGUCCAGUCAGGUACCUGAUGUAAUGGUGGUGGGCGAGCCGACGCUGAUGGGAGGAGAGUUUGGGGACGAAGAUGAGCGACUCAUCACGCGGCUGGAGAACACGCAGUACGACGCAGCAAAUGGCAUCGACGACGAGGAAGACUUCAACAACUCUCCAGCACUGGGCAACAACAUCCCCUGGAACAGCAAGCCCUCCAAUAGCCAGGAUUCCAAGCCUGAAAACACAGCUGCGCAGCCGUCACAGUAAAGAAUCCGUGGGAGCAAUAGCCCUGGCAGCCUCGGGCAGCCUUGUGGGCUGUUCUGACAGCAUACUGUACUCUGUGGGUAUAAAGUUAGCGCUGUACUCUUUGGUGUUACAAGGUUUAGAAACAUAUGUGGGAAAGUAUAUAUCCUUGUUAACAUUGAAGAGAAAUGUAGGACCGCAACUAUACAUAUUAUAAAUACACAUUUUUACAUACACAUCAGAUAAUGUGUGCAACAAACAGCUGGAGAAUGGAAGACUUUUCUAGCACUGUACAUAUCCUAGUUGAACACUACUGUAGGAGUCAAAGAAGCAUUGGGGUUGAACCGGACUGUUUGGUUGGUAUAGCACUUGUGCGGUUAGUGUAGACUUGGGAAGAUCUCACAGUUCUGCCUGACGCCAUGACUUGGGAAUUUUUGUGAUGGCUUAAAAAAAAGUGAACAUACUUAAGGAAAAUCACCUCCUUCAUACAAGUGAAAAGUCCAGUAUAAAAUUUAAUAAUAGUUAAUAAAUUGCUAAAAACAUUUCUUUUUUUUUUU